UUUGUACAAGAAAUAGCCAUCGGUCUUGUCUCCCCCUCUCUCAUUCCUCUUACAACCAUGGAUUCAGUGUUUCUUACCUAAAAUUCAUAAACCCUUGAGAGCAAAUUCACAAUCACAAUCAAAAAAAGAAAAAAAAAACCCAAAUCUCAAAAAUUCACAAACACCCAAAUAGAAAAAAGAAGAAAAGAUCAAAUCUUUUUUCUGGGUUUUAAUUUUGUUGACAAUAGGCUUUGAGUUUUGAGGAGGAGUAUUAGUAUUAUGUAUAGAUCUGGAGCUGUGAUGGCUUGGAAUGUGUUCAGAUUCUGUACGGCACUCAGAGGGUUAGGUUCGAUCAUGAUCUUGUUGGUUCUUGGUGUUGUUGGUGUUUCUUAUUACGCCGUCGUUUUGUCUAUCUAUGGCCCUGCUUUGACCUCUGGUGGUCUUGAUUCAUUCAUCUCACUUGCUGUCUUGCUCAUGUUUCACGCCUUGUUGGUGAUGCUGUUAUGGAGUUAUUUCUCUGUGGUUCUCACGGACCCUGGUGGUGUGCCACCUAACUAUAGACCACUAGUAGACGAGGAAAGAGGGGAUGUUGACCAGUUGACUGGAUCUGAAUUCACCCAAUUGACCACACCUGAACCAACAAAUACAAGAGUCCGUUAUUGUCGAAAGUGUAACCAUGUAAAACCUCCUCGUUCUCACCAUUGUUCUGUUUGUGGAAGGUGUGUGCUAAAAAUGGACCAUCAUUGUGUGUGGGUUGUUAAUUGUGUUGGCGCACUCAAUUACAAGUACUUUCUUCUCUUCCUGUUCUAUACGCUUCUGGAGACAACUCUUGUAACAAUAUCAUUGUUACCGUAUUUCUUAGCAUUCUUUAGUGACGGAGAGAUUGCUGGGUCCCCCAGCACUCUAGCAACCACUUUUCUCGCCUUUGUUUUGAACUUGGCUUUCGCGUUAAGUGUUUUUGGAUUUUUGAUUAUGCAUGCAACGCUAGUGUCGGGUAAUACUACAACAAUUGAGGCGUAUGAGAAGAAAACGAGUCCAAAAUGGCGAUAUGAUCUUGGCCGAAAGAGAAACUUUGAACAGGUCUUCGGGACUGUGGAGAGAUACUGGUUUAUUCCAGCUUACAGUGAAGAAGAUCUACGUAGAAUGCCAGCGCUUCAGGGUCUUGAGUAUCCCUCAAAGCCAGAUUUGGACUCCGAAGAAUCCUAAACACGACCAGAAAACGAAACAAAUUAACAAUAUUCUGUAUUUAUAACACGAAUGCCGUCCCCGACAACCAGCAUACAUCAUCAAACAUGGUACAGUGGAUUUUGGGUUAUCAGUGUUAUAAGCAGCAGGCAGGCAGGCAGUUCUGGAGUAAAAAUAUGAAGGCGUGAUCAUGGGAGCAGAUGACGUGGAAUUCGGUAGUUUUGAUUAAUCGGGGUUCAUGAAACUACUGUAAGCUGUGUAUGCAGGUUCACAUGAAAUGUACCUACUUGGCUACUUGACUGUAUGUAACCGUGAACUAUUUUUUUCCCGAGGGUUCGAUGUUUUUCGUGACUAGUUUUGUUGUCAAAGUUACUGUUUUUAUGUUUGUAGCAAUAAAUUAUAUUAUAGAGAUUCUUGAAAUAACCAGUAAAGUUAAUAUUUUUGUAA